AUGACUUGUAAUGAGAAAACAUAGGCACAAAAGCUUCAACGAACACAUUCAAGGCGAAAAUUUAUUAAAAGCCUUAUUUUCUGCAUGGCCAUUUGACACGCACCAAAAACACUAAUUAGAUAACGGGUAACCCCUGACUGAUCAAGUAUCCCACAGGCCACAACUCCUAAGCCAAAAUUAGGCUGCCUCAAACACAAAAUAACCACCCGUCCACCACCUUGAACAACGUCUACACCAAGCAAACAAAUAUCUGAUACAACAUACAACUUUUUCAAUAACAUUCAAACUUCACUUCCACCUAUUUCCAAUAUCCUCCAAACCCAGAAAAUAUGACUGAAAACGUCAACUACGAACGACAAUACGACAACGACGACGACAGAUUAAGCUCACUUCCCGACGCCAUCAUCACCGUCAUACUCUCUCUCCUCCCAAUCGACACCGCCGCCGCCACCUCCGUCUUAUCCCACCGUUGGCGCCGCCUCUGGACCGCCGUCACUAGCCUCGAAUUUCACGCAGAUGGUUCCACCUUCACCACCACCGCCGACCACAUCUUAGCUCAGCUUACGGCUCCGACACUCCGCGUUUUCCACCUUUCUCUCACUUCGCCGUCCGAAUUGCCGGAAUCCGAUUCGCUUGAAUCGAGUUUCCGUGAAGUUUGUCGCCGGAAUGUGGAGAGUGUUUUUAUUGAUGUAAGAUGUUCGUUUUAUGAAGAAUUCUUUUAUGUUCCUGUUUGUUUGUUUAAUUCUGUUGUGAUUUUGGAUUUGGAAUUGGUUGGUAAGCUUAAAUUUGAUUUUGCUGAUGACGAAAUUGGAGGUGUUGUACUUCCAAAUUUGAGGAAAUUGAGUUUGAAUUAUCUUCUUGAUGUUCCGUUUUGGUUGGGGAAUUUAAUUAGGUGUUGUCAAAAAUUGGAGGAUUUAGAUUUGGUGUUUAAAUUGGAUGUUGUUGAGUCUGAAAUUGCGGAUUCUGUGAAUAUUUGUGCUCUUAAUUUGAAGUUGUUGAAGAUUGAUUUGGAGUUUGUUGGUCAGACACAGCAUAUUAAUAUAUCUAUUGAUGCGCCUCAAUUGGAGUAUCUUAAUUUGCGUGAUUGUACUUCGUUUUAUGAUUUCGUUCGGAGCCCAACUAGAUUGGUUAGAACAUGUAUUGAUUUGAUUAAGGAGGAGCGGUAUCUUGAGGAUGAAGAUGAUAUGGAUUGGUUGCCUAGUGGCGAUUAUCUUCGCCACAUGUCUAAGUUUAUUGGAGGGAUGUGUAGUGUUAGUAGCCUUGAUUUAAAGCUUGACAGUGAUACCAAUAUAUUUACUCACCUUAGCUCUGUGGGUAAUGGGUUUCUACCAGUAUUCCGAAAUCUAACCAAUUUCGAAAUGACCUUGGAUGGUAUCGGGCUAAAUGGUUGGAAGGAUUUGAUACUUUCGCUGCAAUGCUUUCCUAACUUAAAGCAUCUUGAGGUUAACAUGGAAGGUGAUCCCCCAAUGGAUCUUAAUCAUUGGUCUGAACCAGGUUCCGUGCCUGAUUGUUUGGUAAGUAAGAUGAAGACUAUACAGAUAAGGGGGCUUAUUGGAAUUGAUGAUGACCUCAAGUUGUUGGCAUACAUUCUGAGUAACGCAGUUGUUUUGAAUGAGCUUUGCUUAGAUGUUUGUAUGAGGGAUGACUCUAAUGAUUUACUGUGGAAGGAACGUAAGUUCUGUAUGUCCUUGUUCAAGCUCCCUAGGAAGUCAUCAACUUGUGAGAUUGUGUUCUCGGGAAGGUCUGCCACAACAUCAAGUAGUGCCUUUGAAGAUGAAUACCUUACAUGUCAAAUGUAUUUGGCCGAUUGAUGAUUUGACAUUAUAGUGGCAACUUCUUACUCUUCAAAAGCCAACAUUAGAGCACUUGGGUGGCAGGUAUUGACUACCCAAUUUCAUUUGUAUUUAAUUUAAUGUAUGCAUAUAGCUUGGUUUCUGCUUAAAGUUAUUUUUGAAGUGCAUAUAGCUUGGUGUGUAUUAGUGUAUAAAAGCUUGCUUUGUACUUGUCUAUUUGAUUAGUUCUGUGUGUACUGUGUAAACUUCUUCCACUAAUACAAUGGCAAUUGUUAUUGUAGAUUCUA